GGAAGGUAAUAUACCGUCCUUCGGAAUGACUCGGACUCGGUCAAGACGCCUACCGUUCUUGUUGACGUAGAGUCAGUGGUAUGUAUUCGGCCCGUACUUUGACUAUAAAGCCAGCCUUGAAGUACUCUUACUUCUACGUACCGUCUCAAGCCACCGUUACGAUGGACUAUAUCAAUGUACCGCCUGGCUUUCCGCCUUUACAAGCCCUCCCUGUCUUCGUGAUGCCACCUCUCACAGUGAUGAUGAGCCCAAUCUCUAACUACGGCAUAUCCUAUGACUUCUAUAUGAAGAUGAUACAGAAAGAGCUUCCAAACGGCUGGCACACUCAUCGAGCUUCUGUGUACAAGACUGUCUGCGACUACAUGCGCGCCCUCGGCUAUGUCCAUGCUCAAUACAGCGUCUGGCACGCUCUCGAUGUUGCGUCUCUGAUGGUCUUCCAUCAUAUGAUUGCCUAUCGUCAACUGUGGCCUAGUGGUAUUAUACCAUCUGUGCUUCGUCGUUUGCAGAUGUAUCAUCUCCCUAAUGUGGUCGAUUUUGUUCACGACGUCAGGAUGAUCCUGGGCGGGGUCGCAUGUCCAGGCCCACUUAGUCCUACGCCAGCCCGGCUAUGCCAAACCUUCCAAUUGGGCCUGGUUGGGAAUGUCAACCCUCCCAAUGGGUACCCAUUUAAUACAGACGCAAACCUUCCCCAUGGGGUGAGGCGGACAGCUACAUCACGCAAUCCGGUCAACUGGAGGCUGCCUUAAGCCAAGGAAUGGCGCUGCAAUUCUAACGCCAGCACGUGAAUUCGGCGUUGUGGUGACCCAGUGUAUAAUAGCGAAUCUGAAUCAUGUUUCCAUAUCUAGACCCUUCCCCCUGUAUUCAAUGUGAAUGUAUGUUUGUGCAUUUCUGGCUUCACAUACCGUAUAAAACUCCAAACUUGGAAUGAAUCAUGAUAACUAGCAAAAUAUAGAAUACAUCACGGUGUCGCGCAGUUACUGUGAUUGUGCAAAGAAACUAGCAGUCAGAUAACGGCGACGACUCGGAGAGUUGUAGGCG